UUCAUCUAUAAAUUCUUCCUCCUAAACCAUUUCAAAGCCCCCUCUUCUCUCCUUCUCUCUCUCUCUCUCUCGAAGAUAUCGCCUUUAAUUCCUUCCAUCUUCUUCUUCUGAUUUCUUCAAAGAUUCAUUUCUUAAAGAUCUCAGCUUCUGUGAGAGUAGUCUACCAAAAAAAAAAAAAUUAGAAAAAAACCUUGAUGCUUAAUCAGCAGUUCUUGGUGUUUGAGACACAUGUCUCCAAUAAUACUCAGUGAGAUCUUUCUCUCUGGGUUUAUGUUAAAUUCCACAAUCAGGCGCAGGACCCAUCUUGUUCAAUCUUUCUCUGUUGUCUUCCUUUACUGGCUUUACUAUGUCUCAUGAUUUCUGAAUACAAUCUCCAAUUUUAUAUCUAUCUAUACGCAUAAUUAAAACAAAACCCUAGUUUCUUUUCAAAUCUUUUCUUCUUCGUUUUUCGUCAUCUGGGUCCUGUCCUGUCUUGUUCUGUUCUGUUCUGUUUAUAAUUUCCCUAAAUUAAAGAACCCAUUUUUAAAUAUUUCAUCUCUCUUCUCGUAAAGAAAAGGCUUUUUUUUUUGUUUCUGUUUUUGUUUGUGUGUUACUAAAUGGAAUCGUCGUCGUUGGGAACAACUUCGUCGACGAUUCAAACGUCGUCAGGUUCGGAGGAGAGUCUCAUGGAGCAGAGGAAACGUAAACGGAUGCUUUCAAACCGUGAAUCUGCUAGGAGAUCGAGGAUGAAGAAACAAAAGCUCCUCGACGAUCUAACGGCUCAGGUUAAUCAUCUGAAAAAAGAGAACACCAAGAUCGUGACAAGUGUCAGCAUCACAACGCAACACUAUCUAACCGUUGAAGCAGAGAACUCUGUUCUCAGAGCUCAGCUCGAUGAACUUAACCACAGGCUCCAAUCUCUCAACGACAUUAUCGAGUUUCUCGACAGUAAUAACAACAACAACAUGGGCAUGUGUUCGAACCCUCUGGUUGGUUUGGAGUGUGAUGAUUUCUUUGUGAAUCAGAUGAACAUGUCGUACAUGAUGAACCAGCCUCUCAUGGCGUCUUCUGAUGCUUUAAUGUAUUAAAUGUGGACCUGAAAAACCCUCGAAAUCACAAAAAAAUGGGGCCGUUUUUAUUUGUCCGAUUUAGAGACAUGUCCAAAGAGAGAGAUUUAUAUAUGAAAAUGGGUCUGUUGUUUGAUUUGUUUCCAUUUCAAUUUUUUUUUUUUUUUUUGGGUCCGUUUUAGGCGUUAGGUAUCUCAGCAUCAUCGUUAUGAGUGUGUUUGUAAUAAAGGCUCUGUUGCCGCAUGAGUACAAAGUGUUUACUUAAUAUUUUUUGUUGGUGAGAAGUGUUUACUUAAUAUUAGUAUGAUUAUUAGUUU